AUGCUGCGGAUUCAGACCGCCGGGUCGGCUGAAGAACUCGUUGCCAUCGACUUGGCGACCUUUCUUGAGACGCAGCCUGCCGGCAUGCAUCCCGUCCGGGCACUGAAGCAACACUUGAACAGCAUUUGUGGUUUACCAAGGUUCAGGCAAAGGCUGGUAUUCCUGGAUGACAAGGUGGUUGUAGAUGACAAUGGCACCCUGAGACCUGGCGAAGUUCAGGUCGUACUUCUAAGCUUCUGCCCACCAUCGGACGCUCAAGUGACAGCACUUCAAAAUGCAGCGAGACGUGGCCUGUCAGCAGAAGCGGAGACUCUCCUACAAAGGCCGCAAGACCCCGAUUUGGGAGAUCCGGCCCCUUUGUUCCUUGCAUCCUUUCACGGCCAAACACAGGUUGCACGCCUUUUGCUGGAGGCCAAUGCAGACACGGACCAGGCGGACACACAGUUUAGCGGCACCCCGUUGUGCAUUGCGGCUCAGGAGGGGCAGCUGGAGGUUGCGCGCCUUUUGCUGGAGAGCAAUGCAGACAAGGACAAGGCCACGCAGGAUGGCGCCACCCCGUUGUGCAUUGCGGCUCAGGAGGGGCAGCUGGAGGUUGCACGCUUUUUGCUGGAGGCCAAUGCAGACAAGGACAAGGCCACGCAGGAUGGCGCCACCCCUUUGUUCAUCGCAGCUCAGGAAGGGCACAUGGAGGUUGUGCGCCUUUUGCUGGAGAGCAAUGCAGACAAGGACAAGGCCAUGCAGCAUGGCACCACCCCGUUGUUCAUUGCGGCUCAGGAGGGGCAGCUGGAGGUUGCACGCCUUCUGCUGGAAAGCAAUGCAGACAAGGACAAGGCCGUGCUGUGUGGCGCCACCCCGUUGUGCAUUGCAGCUCGGGAGGGGCAGCUGGAGGUUGCACGCCUUUUGCUGGAGAGCAAGGCAGACAAAGACAAGGCCAAGCAGGAUGACGCCACCCCGUUGUUCGUUGCAGCUGAGAAGGGGCAGCUGGAGAUUGCCCGGCUUUUGCUGGAGGCCAAUGCGGACAAGGACAAGGCCAUGCAGGAUUUCGCCACCCCUUUGUUCAUCGCAGCUCAGGAAGGGCACAUGGAGGUUGCGCGCCUUUUGCUGGAGAGCAAUGCAGACAAGGACAAGGCCACGCAGGAUGGCGCCACCCCGUUGUUCGUUGCAGCUCGGGAGGGGCAGCUGGAGGUUGCACGCCUUUUGCUGGAGAGCAAGGCAGACAAAGACAAGGCCAAGCAGGAUGGCGCCACCCCGUUGUUCGUUGCAGCUCGGGAGGGGCAGCUGGAGGUUGCACGCCUUUUGCUGGAGAGCAAGGCAGACAAAGACACGGCCAAGCAGGAUGGCGCCACCCCGUUGUUCGUUGCAGCUCGGGAGGGGCGGCUGGAGGUUGCACGCCUUUUGCUGGAGAGCAAGGCAGACAAAGACACGGCCAAGCAGGAUGGCGCCACCCCGUUGUUCGUUGCAGCUCGGGAGGGGCAGCUGGAGGUUGCACGCUUUUUGCUGGAGAGCAAUGCAGACAAGGACAAGGCCACGAAGGAUGGCGGCACCCCGUUGUUCAUUGCGGCUCAGGAGGGGCAGCUGGAGGUUGCACGCUUUUUGCUGGAGGCCAAUGCAGACAAGGACAAGGCCACGCAGGAUGGCGCCACCCCUUUGUUCAUCGCAGCUCAGGAAGGGCACAUGGAGGUUGCGCGCCUUUUGCUGGAGAGCAAUGCAGACAAGGACAAGGCCAAGCAGGAUGGCGCCACCCCGUUGUUCAUUGCAGCUGAGACCGGGCAGCUGGAGGUUGCACGCUUUUUGCUGGAGGCCAAUGCAGACAAGGACAAGGCCACGCAGGAUGGCGCCACCCCUUUGUUCAUCGCAGCUCAGGAAGGGCACAUGGAGGUUGCGCGCCUUUUGCUGGAGAGCAAUGCAGACAAGGACAAGGCCAUGCAGGAUGGCGCCACCCCGUUGUUCGUUGCAGCUCGGGAGGGGCAGCUGGAGGUUGCACGCCUUCUGCUGGAAAGCAAUGCGGACAAAGACAAGGCCACGCAGCAUGGCGCCACCCCGUUGUUCGUUGCAGCUGAGAAGGGGCAGCUGGAGGUUGCCCGGCUUUUGCUGGAGGCCAAUGCGGACAAGGACAAGGCCAUGCAGGAUGGCACCACCCCAUUGUUCACCGCAGCUCAGAGAGGAUACCGGAAGAUUGCAAGCCUUUUGCAGGAGUCGGGCAUGGACAACGAGAAAGGAAGACAGUAG